AUGACAUCUCAUGACUUCUACAUGCCAGAAAUCGAAUCUGCGAUCGCGCGGUCAUUAACAGAGAGGAAAGUGUUGUUGAUAUAUCUGUCGCCGAACUCGACAGCUCAAGAUACCUGGGAAUACGAUCGAAUCCGCCAUAACCAAAAUGCGGAGGUGUCACGUCGAAUACUGCUAGAAACCGUGCGCCUCAAGCUCGUGAAGGACACCCAAGGGUUCAACUACUUCCAGCAAAUAUUUCCUGGCAUUACCGUUCCGAGCUGCUAUUUAUUGCUGGGAUCACGCGUUCUGGAAGUGAUCAGUGAGUCCAUCAAUGUGGAGGCCUUCAACGAGAAGGUGCUACAAGUGCUGGAUGGUCACAUGGAGGCGAGAGAGCCAAGCGCAGAUAUUGUGGCAAAUCAGAGUGAGCAGCCUCAGGAGCAAUUUCCUACGCCAGCGGAAACUACUUUGGAGCCAGAGGUUGCGUCUCCGGAGCGUCAAAGAGCAAGCAAGAAGCCAAAGGUUUGUUCUGACCCGGCAAAGAUACCCAAAGCUAAAAAGAUCCUGGCGGAUCAGGUCAAUUCAAAGUCACUCGUGAAGGAAUCUCCUACUCAGAAGCCAAAUACUAGCUUACAAACAGAGAGACCUCAUGAAAACAUCCAUAACGAGAGUUUGGAGACCAGCCACGAUUUUGCAAUCCAAUUCAAACUGUUUGAUGGAAGCGUUCUGAGAGCUUCUUUCGAGAAUAAUGACACCCUCGCUCAUGUAAGAAAUUGGAUCAUCUCAGAGAGACAAGAGUACGAGUCUGAUUACUUUUGCUUCUACAAGCCGAUUGAUAGGAUCACGUAUUCAGAGGAGGACGAAAACCUCACUCUGAAGGAUUUGAAAUUGAAUCGGGCUAAUUUGAUCUUAAAACCUAUGGAUCCAGGCGAGAGCUCGUCGCACAAUUCUGUGGGUCAGACUGGAACUUAUGGAGUUUCUUGGUUGAAGACUGAAUUUUUCAAAAUAGGAUCCUUCCUUGGCUUUUCUGGAAAGAAAGAGCCGGAAAUGCCUGCCGAUGACGUUGUCGCAGAAGGAAGCAGUUUCAAAGCAGAUCCAGAGAUUUCAGAGGAUGUCUCAGCCUACCCUAGUUCUCUGGAAGCGUCUUCCGGCUCGACGAGGUGCUCGUCACCUCAUGAAAGUGAGAGGCCAGCCCUACACUUCAACUCGUCCACUUCACAAUUCAGUCUCAACGGGCCGAGUUCAAAUAAGCUGGUGAUAUCGCCUACCGAAGAAGUUUCAGUUGACCCUGUCGUGCAGCCAAGCAAUUUGCGGCCAUCAUCUAGAACCGAGUUCACCAACAACACUGAUGAAGAGAGAAAAACAUACAAUGGUAACUCCCUGGAAGUCAAGGACGAAAAUAAGGUAUGGGGGAAUAUGGAGGAUAGCUAA